AUGGAAAUCGGUAUGCUACCAAUCUCCGCAUCAAAGAGAGGAAAACUCUUAGCCGCCGGUUACACAACGCUCCAAGCCAUUUCUCGCACUUCCACCAUCCACCUUGCUCGAGAUAUAGAAGUUUCUGAGAAUGAAGCCUUGGAAAUUCUGAAAUUUGCAACCAAAACUAGGGCUUUGGAUGGAUCAAGUGGGAGUAAUACUAACAUUAUUGAUGGUGGUCAGACUGCUUGGGAUAUGCUCAAUGAGGAGAGAUUUUCUUCUCUCAUUACCACUUCUUGUGCUGAUCUAGAUAACAUCCUUGGAGGAGGAAUUAGUUGCAAAGAAGUCACUGAAAUAGGUGGAGUCCCAGGCAUGGGUAAAACUCAAAUAGGGAUUCAACUUGCGGUAAAUGUUCAGAUUCCACUAGAUUAUGGUGGUCUAGGUGGAAAGGCAAUAUACAUUGACACUGAAGGAAGCUUUAUGAUUGAACGUGUUCUACAAAUUGCUGAAGCAUGCAUAGAAGACAUCUAUACUGAACAGAUUGCUUUGGUAAAUUACUUGGAUAAAUUCGUCACGGAGCAUAAAGAUGUGAAGAUCAUCAUUAUUGACAGUGUUACUUUCCACUUCCGCCAAGACUUUGAAGACAUGGCUCUCCGAACCCGAUUACUUGGUGAAAUGUCUUUAAAGUUGAUGAAGCUUGCAAGAAACUUUUCUUUGGCUGUUGUUAUGUUGAAUCAAGUUACAAUCAAGCAUAUGGAAGGUUCAUUUCAAUUGACCCUUGCACUAGGUGAUAGCUGGUCGCAUUCUUGCACAAACCGGAUCAUCUUAUAUUGGAAUGGCGAUGAACGACAUGCAUACAUUGACAAGUCUCCUUCUCUUAAAUCAGCUUCAGCACCAUAUUCUGUGACUUCUAGGGGGAUACGUAAUUGUAAUACUACUUCCAGCAGUAAAAGAAUCAAGAUGAUGUGA